AUGAUCGCAGAUAGGUUAAAACUAAACGAUGACAAAACGGAAUUUAUGAUUAUUGGCACACGUGCUCAAUUAGAUAAAGUUAAUGUAUCUGAAAUUGUGGUUGGCCAAGCAAAAGUGCCAGCUUUAACGAUUGUUAGGAACCUCGGGACGUGGCUUGAUACGAACCUCACCAUGUCUGCACACAUAAAUGAAACGUGCCAAGCUGCUAUUUAUCAUCUGUAUAACAUUAAACGCAUUAGCAGGUAUUUGAGUUAUGAUGACAGGAAGUCUAUAGUUCAAGCAGUUAUAAUGUCACGUAUAGAUUAUCGUAAUAGCCUCUUGGUUGGCGUUCGAUCCAACCAGCUAAACAAAUUACAGCGUUGACAAAAUGCAGCGGCUCGCCUCGUUAGUAACGUCGCAAAGUAUGAUCACAUUACUCCCACACUCAUAAGUGUAUCUAGGACAACGCACCCGAAUACCUUAAGGAUCUAAUAAAAGCUAAGAGUACCACCAGAUAUAAUCUUAGAUCGGACGGGGAGAUGUUACUCGAGGAUUAUAGUGCACGAUCAAAGAAGACACUAGGAGACAGGACUUUCAAAGUAGCCGCCCCUAGAAUCUGGAACAUUUUACCGAAGGACAUUAGG